AUUGAAGGUACUAGCUCGUUGAUAAACAUCUCUGCGGAGACUCUUAAAACUGCAAUUGAAAAUAUUGAUAAUACCAUUGGAAACAUCAACAAUACAUUGAAAUUGUCAGGAAAUCAGGGAAAUCAGAUCGAUAACUCAACGUCUGGUUCAGCAAUUGGAUGUAAGCGAGCUUGCGAAAAUUAUACAACUCCUCCAAAUAAGGUCAGAAUUUUUGAAACGGAAUUAUAUAGUGAACUGGGACUUGAUAAUGAAGAAUCUUCUUCAUCGGACUCUGACAUUAUACCAAAAUCACUUACAAAUGUCUUUCUUGAGAUAAGAAAUUCUGGUGUUGGUGAUAAUGACGAUAUCUUAGAAUCUGUGGAUAAUGACAAACAAAGCAAUCUCGAAGUAUAUCAAAGGCCUAUAUCAGAAUCUGUGGAUAAUAAUAAUAUUUUAGAAUCUGCGAGUCAUGAAGUACAGCAAACGUCUAUUCCAGAGUCCGUGGAUAAUAAUAAACAAAAUGAUAUUGCGCCAAAACGCAAGGUUACAAGAAAUAAACCUAAAUAUAUACAGCAUGACCUUGCACAAGAGUUGUUAACGAAUUUACGUUUGUGCCCAUUAAAAAGACAUAAAUGGCUAUGGAAAGACAUUGAUAUUAUUAAUCUUUUCAAAGAUAACGAAAAUAUUAAAACGCCAUUGAGUAUUGGUGUUGUAAAUUUCCAUAAUAAUUCAUGUAUACAACCCUUGCCAUCAUCCAUGAUCACAUAUAUACAAAAACAAAUGGAAAAUGAUGAUGAUGACACAAUAUAUUUUGAUAAUGAAAAAAAGAUCGGAAUAGAUAUAUUUGCAAUUGCAUUGAAGACGAAGUAUAAUAUUUAUUCAAAUGAUGUGUUAGCACGAUCUCUCACUGAAUCCGAAUAUAAUUCAUAUGUAUGGACCCCACUUUUAUGCUAUGCAUUUAUGGAGAAAGAUGAUAUUCGAAUUUCCAGCGGGGAGGUUUCAUCUGUAGCAUAUGAUAAGUUGAAAAAACUUGCCCAAAUUCAAACAAAAAGUGGCCCAAGAAUGGACUCAAGAGCGACUAUCAUGUCAAUCAGUCAAGAAGUAUUAAUUCAGGAGAAUGGAAGAUACGACAACGCCAACAAAAGAAAGAAUGAUUUAACAAAAUUGGAAUAUUGCUCAAAGGUGUUACUCGCCAGUGCAUAUCUAGCCUUGCCAACUGUCGCACGUCCAGACAUUCAUAGGUUUGAGAUAUAUGCGAUUCAAACGAAUGCAUCCUAUUUAUUUGAAAACACAAUAUGCAUGCUUGGUUUAACGGAUAUUGUAAUUCCACGAACUGUUGAUGCAUUUCCCAAAUGUGUCGAAGCAGUAUGUAAAGUGCCGUCAUGGAAG